CAAUCCUACGCGUACGCCGUAAGUACAGGUUGGGAAAAUUAGUUCUCUGGCUUAUGGCUCACUGUCUUUUUAUUUCGGAGAUACAGUUAUCCGUUUUUUACUGGAUUUUUGUGCUUGACACGAGCCACGAAAAACACACCGCUCAAGCUACUCUUGCUGCUCUCGCAAGGACUUGUAAUGCUUUUCAUGAUAUAGCUUUGGAUGUCCUCUGGCAACAAUUUGGCACUAUCGCGAGAGCGAUUCAGUGCAUGCCUCAUGAUUUAUGGGGCGGAGACAUGAACAAGUCUCAGUCAGGCUGUAUUUGUUUAAAACUCCAUAGGCACUUGACCAAAGAUGACUGGAAUAUCUUCCGCAGGUAUGCUUUACGCAUCCGUCACCUCAGUCUUGCCACCCAGGACGUCCGCCGCGGAAAAACAUUGAUGGUUGACAUUGACGAUGAAUUACUCGCUUGUCUCGCCUCCAUGGAUCCCACCCAGCCCCUGCUGCCAAAUCUCACAUCCCUCGAGUGGAUUAUUUAUGACGAGAGAGACUUGAGGCUGAUACGUCGAAUCAUGACCAAGUCCCUCACGUCUCUAAUCCUCGAGGUCUGGGCCAUCUCACCAGUUCCUGACCUGCAACAGUUCAUCUCCUCGGUUGCUCCUACGUGCCCUUCUUUGCGAAAAUUGGUCGUGCAUUCAGUGGCCCUAUCAAGUCAUCUUCGUUACUCCGUUUCUCAAACUCUUUGCCACCUGCAUCAUCUCACUACAAUCCACUGUGGAGUCCUCGAUGGCGAGGUUAUGGAUCAUUUGUCACGUCUCCCGUCUCUACUAGAGCUUAAAUUUGCUCUCCAACCAAAUUCUGGAUUCCAGAACGAGCUUUUAUUUGAGCAACUUCAAGUACUUGACGUGCAUGCGCAAGAUAUCACAUCUGCUGUCGACUUCGUGAGCAGAAUGCGGAACAAACUUAUAAACCUCUCGAUCUUCAGCGAUGACCAUACAGGAGCAUCCGCCUUGGCACAAUUAUUUCGUCGCCUCUCCACUUCCGUCAGCCACUGCUCGCUUCGUCACCUCCAAAUUAUGGUUGCAGAACGUCCACAUGACUCGCCCUCUGUCCUAAACCUGGACGAUCUCCACCCGCUUCUGUCAUUCAACCGAUUAACACACGUACAUCUUGAUGUAGGGUGUGGGAUCUCUUUGGACGAUGUUGCCGCCUUAGAAUUGGCACAGGCAUGGCCAAAUAUCAUCCAACUCAUGCUAAACAAAUUUCUGGAAACUCCUUUUCCGUCGUCGAUAUCCCCAAUCGGACUCAUGUGCUUCCUCAAGCAUUGUCCCAACUUGAUGGAACUUACGCUUGAAAUCGACUUCUCCUUUGUUGAAGAACAAGACGAUCAAUGGCACUACUGGGUCGGAGACGCUACCCACCGGUACCUUUCUGUUUUCGAUGUAACUUAUUCGAAAAUUCACGAUGCGGCAAAAGUGGCUGCAUUCUUGUCUUGUGUCCUACCGCGUACAGCUCAAGUACUUUAUUCGUGGAUUCAUGCACUAGAUGAUCAACGGGAGUAUGCAGAGAGGUGGAAUGAGGCUUCAAGACUCUUCAGGCGGAUGAAGAAGUGAGCAACUGUUAAUCACUCGUUAGCGAUUUGGAAGAGGUAAUCGUCGACAAUCUACGUAUACGUAUAUCUCAAUCUAUACAGCUACCUACAUACCAUAUAUUCAACUUACAUACCCCCCUAGAAUAUUCCUUCGGUAACAAAGUACAAUAUUAAGCUAACGAU